AGUACGCGCGACAGUUUGAGAGAAGAACCACAACAAAUAAAACUUAGCAUUGAAAUUUAAUUUAGUACGACACACAGCCCUGUUUAACCACUGACAGCCCUCAGGAUGAUGGAAUCAGGGCUUAAGGAUGAAAUUACAAGACCGAAGAUGAUACGUGUCGAAGAUUUAAGGAGAAAUCUGUCCUCAGAGUUUAGUGAGCAUUCAGAUAUCCAGGAUCCAGCUGACCUUGAGAAGGAACAUUUGAAGGUGUAUCUUAGGAUAAGACCAUUUUCAGGAGCCGAGAUUGAGAAUGGAGAAUCACAGGACUGCGUGGCCAUUCAGCCACCAGAAACUGUGCUUCUGAAAGGGCCGCAAUCAUCCCUCUCUGCCAGACUCAGUGACAAAUCUGUGCCAAUUACAGCUCAGCGUUUCCAGUUCUCUCAGGUUUUCGGUCCAGACACUACACAGAAGGAGAUGUUUGAUGGCACAGUGAAGAGUCUUGUGAUGGAUGUGCUGGAGGGACAGAAUUCUUUGGUCUUUACAUAUGGUGUCACCAAUGCUGGGAAGACCUUCACUUUUUUAGGUCCAGAUAUUGAUCCAGGCAUCUUACCUCGUUCCCUCAACAUGAUCUUUAGCAGCUUGGAGGGUCGUGUCUUUAACCAGAUGUGCCUGAAACCACAGAGAUGCCGUGAUUUCAUCAGACUCACCAAAGAGCAGCAAAAUGAGGAAGCAGUUAGCAAGCGCAACCUCCUCAGGCUCCUCAGAGAGACUGAUGCUCCAAAAAAUAUGUCUUGCCAGAGCUCAAAGUCUGAUCUUGAAGAUGGUUCUGCCCUCUGUGAAAUCAGCACCACAGUGAAUGAGAGAAGUUUGGAUUUGGAUAUGAACGUUCACACUAAGUUUUCUGUGUGGGUCUCUUUCUGUGAGAUCUACAAUGAAAACAUUCAUGACUUGCUAGAACAACCUCCCAGCAAUGCCUCACGGAGAACAAACCUCCGCCUUUGUCAGGACGUCAAAGGAAACUCAUUCAUCAAAGAUCUGAAAUGGGUGCAGGUGAGCAGUGCUGAUGAAGCCUUUAAAGUGAUGAAAGUGGGCAAAAGGAACCAAAGUAUUUCCAGCACUAAACUCAACCUGCUCUCCAGCAGGAGCCACAGUAUUUUCUCUGUCCGAAUCCUGAAAGUGGAUGAUGUUGGAAUACCCAGAGUUGAGUCAGUCAGCGAGCUGGCUCUGUGUGAUCUGGCUGGAUCAGAGCGCUGUGCCAAGACCCAGAAUAAAGGCGAUCGUCUGAAAGAAGCAGGAAACAUCAACACCUCACUGCUCAGCCUGGGAAAGUGCAUUAAUGCACUGAGAAAUAACCAGCAAGCCAGACAGCACGUCCCGUUCAGAGAGAGUAAACUCACUCACUAUCUACAAGGCUACUUUUCAGGUGUGGGGAAAGCCUGCAUGAUUGUCAACAUUAACCAGUGUGCCUCAAUGUACGAUGAGACACUCAAUGUGCUCAAGUUCUCUGCAGUGGCUCAAAAAGUUGUGGUCCUCACUACCAAGAGUGUUCCAGUGGUUGUGAAGAGGAGUGCCAGAGAGGUCUCCUUCAUCAUUAAUAAUGCUGAUCAUCGGGAAUUGCGACGCAGCUCGCUGGUACGUUGGGAUCCAAGCCUUGAAGAUGUCCAGGAAGAUUCUGACAUUGAGGAGGAAGAUUAUGACACGGAGGAGGAUGACGAAGUGAUUAGCGAAAUGGAGGACACCAUACAGGACGUUGAGGAAGAGAAUAAAGAGACCGUGGUGGUAGAUAAAAAGGUUUAUGAGGCCCUGCAACAGUCGGUGAAGGUGCUUCAAGAGCAUUUGAGGAUGGAAAGAGCUGCAGUCUUGUCUCUUGAGUCACAUGUUCGUGAGGAAGUAACAAAAGAAUUCUCGGAGCUUAUCACCCAGAUGCAGGAGGAUUAUAGUGAACGCAUAGCCAGAGAAAGAGAGUUGAUGGAGGAGCGAUGUGAACGAAGACUGGAGAUUCUCAAAAACUUGGUGGGAAAAACAGUCGUAGAAGAGGACUGCCUGGAUUCGGCUGGAGCCAAACCAGAGGAAGAGAACCACAACUCUCUGGACAGCAUGCUUGACUCUAUGAAUAGUGACCUGGCUGAAAUCAGACAGGAUGCCCAAGCUGCCCAGUCCUGCCUGGUGACCUCUGAACCAAGAGUCUCUGUGGUGGUGCAUGACCUUGAGAAAAAGGUCACUGAACUCACAGAACUGCUCAGUGAAACUCAGAGCCAGCUGUCACUCCAAACACAGGAGUUGGAAUCCCAGUGCAGACUGUCCAAUGAACUGGAGGAGUUAAAGAAGACACUGGACAGUCAAAGGCAAAAGGAAUUGGAACACAUUGAAAUGUGUAGACAGAAGGAUGAGAUGAUCUCCAAACUCCAGACAGAUCUGGACCAACAUUUAGAAAGCACUGCUCAGAAUAGAAUUCAGAUCAACUCCACCAAAAAAGAGACUAUCCAUCUUAAAAGUAAUUCCACAUGCUCAGAGCAGCAGCCCAGGACUGAAACCAGAAAACGCCGUCAAGAAGAGGAGGGGCUUGAUGACCAGCCUCCUCUCAAGAAAGGUCCCCUGGAGGACUUAACAGAGCAGGAAGCCAUUGCAGAUAAUGGAUGCCAAGACUCCGCCCUGCUGGAGGUCAAAGGUCAGCCUGAGUGUUGUUUUGAGGAAUCCAGACAGAAAGACAAGCAGAUCACAGAUCUGGAGCGGGAAUAUCACACAGUGGAAGUCUACAUUCAGGAUUUGAAGUCUGAACUGGAAGAAAAGAAUUCACAGGAAUAUAUUCAACAAGAGAAGGAGGGUCAAAUGGGGACAGAGCUUGCACCCAUGGCAGUGGAACGCAGCAAUUUAAAAGCAGAGGUUGUAUCCAUGGAGAACAGGCAUAGCAACACUACAGAACUUUUAAAAAGUGCUUAUCAAGAACCAGCAGAUGCCAAAUCACGGAUGGUUAAGCAAGAUAGUGAAAUGGCAGAAAAACACAAACUUAUCAAGACUCUUGAACAGAAAGGGACACUACUGAAACAAGAAGUGGAAACACUUGCUUCCCUGCAAAGGGACCUUAAGCAUUGUCGUGAGGAAUUGACAGCCACACGUCAACAGUGCAAAGAGAAGCAACAAGAAAGUGAUAGAAAAGAAGAGAGACUAAAAUUUCUGGAAAAACAGCUAAAAGAGCUUCGAUCCAACUCUUUCUUUAAAAACCGAUCAGUGGACUAUGCUGACCUAAAAAAAGUAAACUCUGACCUGCAGGCUGAGACCAUAGCUGAGCUAGAGGAGAAGAUCAAAAGCCUUCUGAAAGAGAAGGAGGAAAGGGUGGAGGAAAUUAAGAAGAGAGAAGUAGUGCUUCUGUCUCAAGAGGCGGGGCUAAUGAACCAGCAGAACAUCCUUAAUGAUCUUUCUGCUAACAACAGGGAGUUUGAUAGCAAGAUAAACAUCUUGGUGUCCGAAAAGGAGGCUGAACUUUCACAGAGGGAAAAGGCCCUAGAGUCAAAGGAGGUGCAGCUCUUAGCACUGCAGAAAACUCUAAAGCAAAUGCAGGAGUGUCUAGAGGAGGAGGAGAUGCAGGCAGUUCAGGAGGCACGCAAGAGGGAGGCUGAGAGGAGAAGAGAGCUGCUGGCUGUGGCAGAGGAGGCCAUUGCUCAGAAAGACGCAGAGCUACAGAAGAGACAAGAAGAGAUCAACCGCUUAAAGGAAGAGAUUAAAACCAGCAAGUGUGAAGUGAAUAGUCUGACAGUCGAUCUGCGCAGGAGAGAUGAUGAUUCAUCUGAUGUUCGGGAGAAACUUAGUGACUCGAAGAAGCAGAUACAACAAGUGCAGAAAGAGAUCUCCUCCAUGCGGGACUCUGAGAAAUCUUUAAGACUGAAGCUCAGUGAUCUAGAAAAGGCUAAAACGCAGCUCCAGAAUGAGAUCGCCAACAGGGAUCGCACCAUCCACCUGCUCAAAGCUGAACGAUCCUCAAAUUCUAAGUCAGAUGAGCAUCUGAUGCUCUAUCAGAAAGCAUGUAAAGAUUUGCAGGUGCGUGAGCGUGUUAUUGAAGACAUGCGAUUGGCUCUGACAGAGCAGGAGGAAACACAGACACAGCUGGACCUGGAGCUUGAAAACAGAGAGACUCAUAUAAAUGAACUUGCCCAGGAGUUAGUGAGGCUUAAAGAGAUGAUUCCAGAACAGAGAAACAGGAGAGAUUCCAGACCACUGUCUGAGGACAUUUUACAGGCCAGACAAGAGACUGCUCAGGCCCUGGAGAGUUUACAGUUGGCCAAUGAGAAACACCAGGCAGAGCGCAGGAAGUGGAUGGAGGAAAAGCUUGUUCUGAUUGGUCAAGCUAAAGAGGCUGAGGAGAGAAGAAACCAGGACAUGAGACGAUACGCUGACGAUCGGGAACGGCAUGUCCGCCAACAGGCCGAAAUGGAGUCUCUAGCUUCACGUCUUGCCACUCGUGAGAAAGAGAUGGAAAGCUGGAGAAGAGAGAGAGACACACUCGUCUCUGCCCUGGAGAUUCAGCUGCAGAAACUCAUCAUGUCUAAUGCAGAGAAAGACAAACAAAUUAAGAUCCUUCAGUCCAGUAACACCCCCCACACACCAGAGGAGGUUACUGAGGACAGCAAGAUUGAGGCGCUACAGGCAAAGCUGGCUGCAAAGGAGGCAGAGAUCCAGAAACUGAAAGAACAGCUCAGUGCCAGUGUCACAGACAGCAGCCUUCGUAGAAACUCAUCCACCCAGACCAUAGAAGCUGUGAUCUCUGACAUGAAGCCUGUAAACACUGGGAGAACCAAAGGAUCUGUCACCAGCCAGAGUUCAGCUGGUAGCUGUCCUAUUGUGCUGGAUUCCUCUGAGAUCUCCACAGAAACAGGCAGACGUUCCAGGUUUCCGCGGCCUGAAUUGGAAAUUUCCUUCAGCCCACUGAAGCCGGAUCAAUUUGCUCUCAAACGACAGGGAGAAGACUCUUCUGUUACCGUUAAAAUCUCCCGACACGCCCGCAAGAGGAAGAGUGGAGAGAUGGAGAAGAAAGGAGGCAGGAGCACCAUGGUGAAAAAGAAAGCUUUCUCUGAGCCCGAUCCUCAGGAUGGGAUAGAGUGUGAGAACAUGAGGAAUACAAGGAGUAGAAACACUCCUCACCUAACACCUCAUAAGAAAGAGCUCUCAAAUUCCCAGGAGUCAAACUCAGGCCAGCGAGGAAAAAAAGACAAAACACUCCAGAAGAUUGGAGAUUUUCUUCAAGGCUCACCCACUUUUCUUGGGAGUAAAGCAAAGAGGAUCAUGGGAUUGAUGAGUGGAAAGUCUCCUGAUGGCGGGGGACCCUCUUUAAAACUCAAAUCUAAACAGCCCAAACGACGACACAACAGACUGGACAUCUCCUCCCCAAUGGACAUACCAGCCCAUCAGAUCAUUGGCCGAAAUCCGAAGGAGAAAGAGAGUGAAAACUUGAUCAAGAAACGACUUCGUACAAGGACUGGGAAAUAAAGAGUACAGAUAUGGAAUUUUUCCACUUACCUCAUUCUGCAUGUUUUUAAUUUUAAAUUAAAUUAGUCUUUAUAAUUUUUUUUCUUACUUUUUUUAAAUCUGUUGCACUUUUCAUAUAGACUACAGUAUAUUGUUUAUUAGUUAUAUUCUGUUUUAUUUGUGUAUUAUAUAUGGCACAUAAUGUAAUUUACUGGAAAUGUAAUGAACACUAGGGCUGCUUUUAAUGACAUAUACAUGUAUGCAUGAACAAAUGUUGCUGCUAGAAUUAGAAUCAAUGUUCAGAAAUCACUACGGCACAUUUCUGACACACAGUUUACUAUUGCUGUACAUUAAAACCACGGUUUUUAGUUUACAUUGUGAUUAUGCUGUCCUGCAAAUAAAUGCAAAACACUGUUAUUUCCCCCAACCACAUUGUUUACAAGAUAUAGCACACACACACACACACCAAAUUUAAAAGUACACAAAGUUUUUAGCUUUUUUUUUUUUUGUGUGUGUGUGUGUGAUUUGAUUAGUUUUUCACUUGUCACCGUUCUUUGUUUUUUGUAUGUUCGAUCGCAAGCCAUUAAUAUGUGUCACUCAUGUUGAAGACUCUCUAUUACCACAUCAGUAAAACUGUGUGCCAUGCUUAAUGAUACCUAAUGGACUAUUUGUUUGAAUUACUGAACAAAUGCUGAUGUAACAGAUGGGUAAUUGGCUUCCCCGAUCAGGGCAAGUGGCCCAGCGCCAUUAUUUAAGAUGGCAUAAAAGGGUAAAGGGAGAGGAACUGAGAACAGGUCUUCUCUUUGUUGCCACUGAAUGACAGGAUGUGAACGGGGUGGACCGGUUGCUAUGAUGAUUCACGGUUUUUGAGAGUGUCAAAAGUGUGGGAGCAUGUGGCGGAGACAAAAUGGAGGAGUGAAAACCGUCUGUGUGUAGAGGAGGAGGGAGAGAUGAAGAGAAAGAGAAAAACACAGUUACAGAAUGAGCCAUGUGCAGCCCAGCUGUGCAUGUACAGGUCUUUGUUGCUAAAUUUGUCUCUGACGACAUAAUUGUGACCAUUAGGUGUCUAAAGAAACAGUGACUAUUAGGAGUCUAAAAAAAAAACUUCAUUCACAGUGUUUUGUUGAAAUGUCCAUAUAUAUAUAUAUUUUCAUCCAGGGCACUUCCGCAGGGGGCACAUAUGGAUGUUUAUGUGCUUCCUAGUUAAUACAGGGUUAUCAUGAGAAAUUAUGUGUAAUUAUGAGUUUUAAUUUUUACAUGUUAAAUAGCAAGGUGUGUGUUUGUUUAUUGCCGCAAAGUCCCUGUCAUUUGAUUGCGUUACUUAAUUAAUCUUUUUAUAUUUUGCUCCAAUUUGUUUUUGUCUCCAAUUCUUUGAGUGCAGAAAAUGGCAGGGAGGCUUAUAAGCAUCAGCCUGGUCCAAGGGCAUCCAGGCCUGGUAAACAAUACAGUAAUAAUCAUCUGCUGCACCUAUAAUUUAGCACAGAAAAUUACCACUUGAGAUGAUAAACAUGAAGAGUUGCGGAUCUAUCUUCUUCAGUCUGCAGAGAAGAGACGGAAGAAUUCAGAGCCUGUGAAGAUGGGUCUAAUUGCUUGUCCUCGUCAGGAGACGUGCUUUAAAUAGGUUGGAGACAAAGUAGUGAGAGCAUUCAGAGAAAUGCUCUUUGAACGUUUCUAUCUGAUUGCUGUAAUCUAACCAAUUCAGGCAGGCGGUUGAGAAAAUUCACAUUCACAUUUUGCCCUUUUUGUGCCAGGGUGAGAAUGUAAUCUCUUCUCAUAGUGCUGAGUUACUGUAUUAAAUUUUUACUAUUCAAGUGAGGUGUCAUAUCCUUCCGCAUUGCCUUCAGCUUAAGGUAUGUUUCACCCAAGAAUAAACAUUCUGUCAUUAUUUUUAUUUUUUUCCCCCUUUUCUCCCAAUUUGGAAUGCCCAAUUCCCACUACUUAGU